AUGCAAAUUUUCGUGAAGACACUUACGGGCAAGACCAUCACCCUGGACGUGGAGCCGUCGGACACGAUCGACGGCGUGAAGCAGAAGAUCCAGGACAAAGAGGGCAUCCCCCCGGACCAGCAGCGCCUGAUCUUCGCCGGCAAGCAGCUGGAGGACGGGCGGACCCUGUCGGACUACAAUAUCCAGAAGGAGUCUACCCUUCACCUGGUGCUCCGCCUCCGCGGCGGCAUGCAGAUCUUCGUCAAGACCCUCACGGGCAAGACCAUCACUCUUGACGUGGAGCCUUCCGACACGAUCGAUGGCGUGAAGCAGAAGAUCCAGGACAAGGAGGGCAUCCCGCCGGACCAGCAGCGCCUGAUCUUCGCCGGCAAGCAGCUGGAGGACGGGCGGACCCUGUCGGACUACAAUAUCCAGAAGGAGUCUACCCUUCACCUGGUGCUCCGCCUCCGCGGCGGCAUGCAGAUCUUCGUCAAGACCCUCACGGGCAAGACCAUCACUCUUGACGUGGAGCCUUCCGACACGAUCGAUGGCGUGAAGCAGAAGAUCCAGGACAAGGAGGGCAUCCCGCCGGACCAGCAGCGCCUGAUCUUCGCCGGCAAGCAGCUGGAGGACGGGCGGACCCUGUCGGACUACAACAUCCAGAAGGAGUCUACCCUUCACCUGGUGCUCCGCCUCCGCGGCGGCAUGCAGAUCUUCGUCAAGACCCUCACGGGCAAGACCAUCACUCUUGACGUGGAGCCUUCCGACACGAUCGAUGGCGUGAAGCAGAAGAUCCAGGACAAGGAGGGCAUCCCCCCGGACCAGCAGCGCCUGAUCUUCGCCGGCAAGCAGCUGGAGGACGGGCGCACCCUGUCGGACUACAACAUCCAGAAGGAGUCUACCCUUCACCUGGUGCUCCGCCUCCGCGGCGGCAUGCAGAUCUUCGUCAAGACCCUCACGGGCAAGACCAUCACUCUUGACGUGGAGCCUUCCGACACGAUCGAUGGCGUGAAGCAGAAGAUCCAGGACAAGGAGGGCAUCCCCCCGGACCAGCAGCGCCUGAUCUUCGCCGGCAAGCAGCUGGAGGACGGGCGCACCCUGUCGGACUACAACAUCCAGAAGGAGUCUACCCUUCACCUGGUGCUCCGCCUCCGCGGCGGCAUGCAGAUCUUCGUCAAGACCCUCACGGGCAAGACCAUCACUCUUGACGUGGAGCCUUCCGACACGAUUGAUGGCGUGAAGCAGAAGAUCCAGGACAAGGAGGGCAUCCCGCCGGACCAGCAGCGCCUGAUCUUCGCCGGCAAGCAGCUGGAGGACGGGCGCACCCUGUCGGACUACAACAUCCAGAAGGAGUCUACCCUUCACCUGGUGCUCCGCCUCCGCGGCGGCAUGCAGAUCUUCGUCAAGACCCUCACGGGCAAGACCAUCACUCUUGACGUGGAGCCUUCCGACACGAUUGAUGGCGUGAAGCAGAAGAUCCAGGACAAGGAGGGCAUCCCGCCGGACCAGCAGCGCCUGAUCUUCGCCGGCAAGCAGCUGGAGGACGGGCGGACCCUGUCGGACUACAACAUCCAGAAGUGCCGAACACGAAUUCGAUGCGUCCUCGGUAAAAUUAUUUUUAGUCAAAAAGGGGAACAAAGCGACUUGAUCGAACGUGAACCGAGUGACCCGUCACUGGAUUUUCUUAAUGUACCGCUGAUUCUGAACGGUUGUGAUGUCACUUGGCGUGCGUUCGUUGAGGUCAACCGUGGACGUUUGAAUUCAGAGCCUUCAAACAAGUAUGGGCCUGAGUUUGGACGAUACAUGAUCUUUCCAAGCCCAAAAAAGGGAAUUGAGUCGACGCUGCACCUGGUGCUCCGCCUCCGCGGCGGCAUGCAGAUCUUCGUCAAGACCCUCACGGGCAAAACCAUCACUCUUGACGUGGAGCCUUCCGACACGAUCGACGGCGUGAAGCAGAAGAUCCAGGACAAGGAGGGCAUCCCGCCGGACCAGCAGCGCCUGAUCUUCGCCGGCAAGCAGCUUGAGGACGGGCGAACCUUGUCGGACUACAACAUUCAAAAGGUGUGUUGCUCAGGCCGAAGCAGAAGGUCGUGGUAAUGUCAGCGCUUGGUAUUCGCGGCCAUGGGUGGCAGGUACGUUACGGUUAGCGGCAGUCUAGUGUUGAUCGACUCUUGGUGAUUCCUCGACCCUCAGCCGCGUUUGUGUGCGCCCACUUGCGAGAGAUAGUUGAGAUGUUGUACACAAUUUUCAUUCAUUUCAUAAGUUUAGUCCUGUUGCGGAUACAUUGUUUGGCAUAUGUUAAGCGUGAGGUGUCGACACCCCUUCAUUCGUCGCGCUUGGG